GGGUGAUCAGCGCGAGCUCGCUGCUGGCGCGGCGCCGCGGCCGCUGAUGGAGCCCGAGGGGUGCUGACGAGCAGCCCUCGGCGGCAGUCGGCCUGCCAGCGCCGCCGUCGGCGCCCACACGGCCACUGCCGAAAACGCCCGCCAGCAUGGUGGCCAUCUGCAUUUGGCUGCUGGUCUUCAUGACAACUGAUCAGUCGCUGGCUAUCAAGUGCCAUGAAUGUGGGCAAUAUUCAAAUGAGAAGGGAAUUAUCGAGGCCUGUAACAGGACACAGACCUCCGAUGCCGACCGGAAAGACUGUCACCACACCAGCAUUCUCUGCCUGAAGCACGUCAACGGGAAUCGGAUGGUGAAGAUGUGCACCGACUUCUGUAAGCCGUAUGGAAAUGAGGUACACGGCGGGACCACCUACUGCUGCGCCAUGCCGGACUACUGUAACGCGGCGCCCGCGGCCGGCGGCCCCCCGCUGCUGCUGCUGCUGCUGCUGCUGCCGCUCGGCCGCCACCUGGCCUCUCUCACGGCGCCGAUAGCGAGACGAACGAAAACUCAGCAGUGACCUCAGCAGUGAUCUCAGCAGCGAGUGACCUCAGCAGUGACCUCAGCAGCGAGUGACCUCAGCAGUGACCUCAGCAGCGAGUGACCUCAGCAGUGACCUCAGCAGCGAGUGACCUCAACAGUGAACUCAGCAGCGAGUGCUGUCGACAUGCGCGGUGCGAGUAAAAAUUAGUUCUGAAGUCUGAUAUAAGUGUAUAUGAAUAUAUCAUUGCAAACAUG